GGCAGCGGCCGAGGGGGGCCCGGCCGUGGUCGCGAGGCCGCGGCGCGGGGAGCUGAGGCCGGGCCUCGCGUGCAGGCGCUCAGCCGGCGCUGCCGGCAGCCGCCCGCGGCCUCGGUGGGGCUCGGCCGAGCUGAGCCGGGGCUGGGCAGCGGGCGACGGGCCCCCCGACUCGGGGUGGACGCGGCCCGGGAGGGGUGCGCGGCGGCGAUGGACACUCUGGAGGAGGAGAGCUUGGCGCUGUCCUACUCUUCAGCCUCUGAUGCAGAAUUUGAUGCCGUAGUUGGGUAUUUAGAGGACAUUAUCAUGGAUGAUGAGUUCCAAUUAUUACAGAGAAAUUUCAUGGAUAAGUACUACCAGGAGUUUGAAGACACAGAAGAGAAUAAACUCACCUACACGCCAAUUUUUAAUGAAUAUAUUUCUUUGGUAGAAAAGUAUAUCGAACAGCAGCUGGUGGAGCGGAUCCCAGGGUUCAACAUGGCAGCGUUCACGACGACCUUACAGCACCACAAAGAUGAAGUGGCUGGUGACAUCUUCGACAUGCUGCUCACGUUUACGGAUUUCCUGGCUUUUAAGGAAAUGUUCCUGGACUACAGAGCUGAGAAAGAAGGCCGGGGACUGGACUUGAGCAGUGGUUUGGUGGUGACGUCCUUGUGCAAGUCAUCCACUGUCCCCGCUUCCCAGAACAACCUGCGGUCAUAGGUCCUACCUGCAGGCGUGGCGGGUUCUCAGCAGCCCCUCGGAGGCCUGGGAGCCGCGUCAGCUCGUGACUGCACAGCACUAUGUCUCAGAAAGCCCGACUGCCCCACGGGUCUUCGUUAACGUUAAGUAUUGCUGGGGCAGAGCAGACCCACCUGACCCUCCCAAAACCCUGUUUCGUACUCAGUAACGCUGGAGCCUCUCUGGCUUCUGUGUCCACAAGCAUCCCCCCUUGGGGGUCCCUUCCUAGUGUCGGAGUGUCCCACCGUGGAAGGAAGAACCCAGCAGCGCCAUAACUGGUCCCCGCAUGCAUCUGUUCUGUGCACUCAAUCUUAGAAGCACCCCCCGAGUUUUAGUCCUGCGGCCUCAGUGGGGUUUGGUGUCCCUCAAGUCAGCUGCCUGUCUUGGGGUUCCUGAGGCUCCGUCCUCUUACCAAGCCAGUCUCGGCUUGAGGAGUCGGUGGAGAGAAACAUCCUUGAUCUGAAAGCUCCCUGUGAACAUCAGUCCUGCGUCUUCUAGUUGCAGUCUUGCAUCACGGUCCCGUCUGCUGGCUCUGCUGCAGCCCCACAGUUUCUAGCGCUCUCUUUCAAGCAGUUUUGUUAAAAAAAAAAAAAAGGUUUUAGAGAUGAACACUCGGGCUACCCAGUAGAUCUCACCUUGGGUCUUUCCCGAUCACCCACUUCGAGAUCAGAGUAUUUUGUGCCGUGCGCUUUCUCGGGUCAGUGCCGUGGAAGCUGCAGAGACGCCUUCUCCGCUGCCCUUCGUACGUGCUGGGUGCCGGGACUCCUUGCUUAUGCGGGAGCCAACCAGACUCCUUGUCUUACAGCGUGCUGAGUGCUGGCGCAGGUUUGUACUUCAGACCCUCUCUGCAGAAGUCCGUUCUUUGGCUUUCCUGUUGGCAAGGCCCUGCAGUUCCCUCAUCCUGUCAGAGGCCUCCUACCAAGAUGGUGUUCGCUGGGCCAGCAUACCUGCUGCCCCCACCGUCCCGGGGCAGAGAGCAGUGCUGGACAACAGGCCACACGUAGAGACGGGGUUAUGUUAGAACAGUCAUUCCGAUCCCAAUAUGGGCCUUCCAAGUUUCCUUUUUUUAAAUAAUCUGUACGAACUUUUUACUUGGCUUGUUGAAGUUUUGAAGGAUGACCUAUAGGCUGUGCUCUCCUGUAUGGGUGUGUCUCUUAUUAAAUACUUUUGUACUGUAGUAAAA